AUGGCGCGGGGCGGGGCCAGAGGUUGUCCGUGCCCGUCAGAGACAUCCGCUUCCGGGGCCACGGCCGUCGGACUGAGGGGCUCGGCAGGUCGGCCAGGCUGCGUUCGGUUUCUCAACCCGCAAGCUACACUCCUUAAGAAUCAGCUACCCUUGCUUCCUUGUCGAUCUUCUCCGCCAAUCAUGCUGGAACAUCUGAGUUCGCUGCCCACCCAGAUGGAUUACAAGGGCCAGAAGCUAGCCGAACAGAUGUUUCAGGGAAUUAUUCUUUCUUCUGCAGUAGUUGGGUUUAUCUACGGGUACGUGGCUGAACAGUUUGGGUGGACUGUCUACAUAGUUAUGGCCGGAUUUGCUUUCUCGUGUUUGCUGACACUUCCUCCAUGGCCUAUCUAUCGCCGACAUCCCCUGAAGUGGUUACCUGUUCAAGACUCAGGGCCAGAAGACAAGAAAUCAUCGGGGGACAGAAAAAUGAAGAGACAUGCCAAAAAUAAUUGAUUGGCGCUUUCACUAUUCAAGUCAUAUUUUAACUUAUAACUGUUUUAUACCAUCUCUUCAUAAUCUUGUUAUGGAGAACAGGAAUAUAAGUAUGCAAUGCUUCUUUCAGGUGUACAUGAUGAAUAAACACCUCAUAACUGCUA